AUGGCUGGCGCGUCUCCCCGUCUCCUCGCUCUACCUCUCGAACUACGAGAGCUGAUCUACCGGGAAGCGCUUUUACAGCCUUCGCGAGGCACAGAGCUCCUAAGGGUCUGCCGCGAGGUCUAUUCGGAUGCGCACAAACUCCUCUUCCAACGGCCCUUACUCGUCCGGAGUCAGCCAGCCUUGCACCAAUGGCUCGAGCAAGCACCUCAAGACCUUCUCCAACACGUCACCGAGGCGAUAUUGGAUCUUCAGGAUGUGGAUCUGAGACCGCUAUUGAGCCCAAUCGUUUCCCCGACCACUGAGCCCGAUUCAGUGCCUCGACUUCGGGUAUGGGAGCUGUAUGAAAGUGAGCUUGAGCAACUAAGUCAGGCUUUAGGGAAACUUCGAAACGUCAAGACGUUCACCCUCCGAGCGCUACCGGGCCGACAAUCUCAUCUCUACCGCGAGUUCCUAAUGAAAGUUUUGGGCCUGCUGGGCACGCUCUUCCCAGGGCUUCAAGACUUGAGCCUCCAAGGCAAUCUGCACCACCAAAGCCUGGCGUUCCUCCGCUCACUGCAAGAACUCAGAGCACUCUCCUUCGACGGCUUCUCGGCGUCUAGCUCUAGCGAAACUGCCGAAAUACUGUCCAGUCUCCAGCUGACGAGCAUCUCGCUCGUCUGCCAGCACACCAUGCUCACGCCUAGUCAUCACCAGCACAGUACUUUCACCUCCAAGCCUCAAUGCUUCACAGGUGACGUCCUGCGGACGAUCAGCCAACUUGCCUCCUUCUCCGUCACGGAAUCCAUAGCCGCUCCAUCGCCCGCCCUUUUCUUCACGUCCGAGAUACUAAGCUCCCUCCAUAGCCAUAAGACACUCGCGGGCCUUUCCAUCUCCUUGUCGCACACGCCGGAACCGGAGACUUUCGAAGCGCUGGAGGAGUUCCUCGACAAGUCUUCGUCGAUCGGGAGGUUGGAGCUCGAUUGGCCAGACCUGGACCCGAAUAUUCUCGAGGCUUACCUGCUGUUGCCCAACAGCUUGAAGAGCUUUUGGAUCAGGACAAAGAAUAUGGCUGCAGCUUUCGAUGCCUUGUGGACUAUACUUGAGCAUCGGGAAGCCGGAAAUGCGCCGCAGCUGAGUAGGGUGGUGUUGAUAAGGAAGAAGUGGAAUGCUGAUGGGAUUGGCGAGAAUAUUGGCGGGGGGUACUCCGCCCCAACGGGCAGCGCCCAUACAGGCGGUAGAGGGCAAGUCGGGAUUGAGGAGAGCUCCGCCACCGACGACUCGGAUGAAGCGAACGUCGCACUAGCAAAGCGACGCCUGAAUGCGCUCGGGAUUCUGGUAGAAUGGUGCACAGAUGUCGGUUGA